AUGUUUAUUCUUUCAAAUAUUGCUGACUUGGUACGAAUCCCGCCCGACCAAUUUCAUCGUGAUACAAAAUCGGCAAUCACUCAUCAGUUAAAUAAUAAGUUUGCCAACAAGAUCAUUCCUAAUGUCGGUCUUUGCAUUACGAUCUAUGACUUAUUAACUGUUGAAGAAGGUCAAUUGAAGCCAGGUGACGGAUCAUCCUUUAUCAAUGUAACAUUUCGAGCCGUUGUCUUCAAACCGUUCUUGGGUGAAAUAAUAACGGGAUGGAUCUCUAAAUGUACAGCAGAAGGUAUAAAAGUUUCAUUAUUAGGUAUAUUUGAUGACAUAUUCAUUCCGCAAAAUAUGCUAUUCGAAGGAUGCUAUUAUACGCCUGAGGAAAGUGCAUGGAUUUGGCCUAUGGAUGAAGAAACAAAACUAUACUUCGAUGUGAAUGAGAAAAUAAGAUUCAGAAUCGAAAGAGAAGUUUUUGUGGAUGUAAAACCUAAAUCACCCAAAGAACGAGAAUUGGAGGAAAGAGCACAGUUAGAGAAAGAGAUUGAAGGUAAAAAUGAAGAAACUCCUCUAAACGAAAAACCACCGGCGUAUGCCUUAUUAGGUAGUUGUCAAACAGACGGCAUGGGACUUGUUAGUUGGUGGGAAUAA